AUGUCGGUGGACACUCUUGGGCUGUCUCCACGGCGGAUAGCGAAGCCUCCCGAAAGUUCAGACUCCUCACUGGGACCGCGAAAACCGAGUGCCGUGGAGCGCCUGGAGGCUGACAAGGCAAAGUAUGUUAAGAGUCAGCAAGUGGCACUGAACAAGCAGCUGCCAGUCAUCCGAAAGCCCUUAAUGCCCUCCAGUGCACAGCUUCGGUCAGGUGCACCACAACCGACCCGCAAAGUGGCUGCUAAUGUCUUCUCUAAACCUGAAGCCCCACCUUUUAACUUAGAACACCUGAGUAGCCUGAUUAAUGGGGUCUCUGAUACAGCUGCACCACCCAAGAGUGAAAAGCCUGGAAAAGGUCAAGAUUUUGCAGCAGGCAGUGCCUCUCAGAUGCCCUCCUGGACUGCAGGCGAAGAGUCUUUUGUCAAAUCCGGUUCAUCUCCAACAGCACAAAAGAAAAUAUCAGGAGACAGUGUUGCAGCCAAUGGGUCUUAUUCAGUAACAGUACGGCGAGUUGAUGUGAGGCCUCAGGUAGUCAUGCCACAGAUGAGAAAGCCAUGCCGAGCACAGCUCCCUGGGCAGCGCGUCCACUCGCAGCUUUUGCAGCUGCUCAGGCCGUACACUCAGACUUCCUCUCCACCACAACCGCUUCAGCCAGUCAAAAGCCGACAUGACAUCAUGAACCUCACCAGCCCUGUGAAAUCCCCUGUUACCCCAGUUCUGAGUUCACCGUUCUCUUCCGAACCACAAUCACCUGCCUUACCAUCCCCGGAUAAAUCUCCAAAAGCAGUGCCUCCCACCUCAGCUCAGGAACCCCUCCUACCAUCAUCUCCUGCUGUCACCCACAAGUCCUCAGUUUGCUCCAGGAAACGACGCUCGCUAACACGCUCCAAAUCUGACGUGAGCGACCGGUUCUCCCGCGCUGGGGCCGAAGUCGAACGUUUCUUUAACUACUGUGGCCUUGAACCAUCAGACUUCCAAGACCUGACGCCUGGUUCUGAUAUUGCAUCCAUCUCACGUCUGCGUAGUGCUAGCGCUCCUGCGUCCGAGUGCUCUGAAGGGGAGGGGGGUGAAGACGAGGAGGAGGAAUCAGCCAAAGAUGAGAAGCCCAGCUAUGGUGUUUCAGUCAUUGAAAGAAAUGCACGGGUGAUCAAGUGGCUGUACGGAAUGCGCCAGGCCAAAGACAGCACAAAAGUGGCUAACAUUUAG